UUCGGAGCCCGAGGGGGCGUGGGAGCCGCACGGGGACGCUGGGCGGGCCUCCGGGGCGGCCCCCGCGGGUCCUUCGUGCCGCAGGGCCCACGGAGCGGGGAAAUGGAGGCAGCGAAAGGCCCAGACGCGCCGGGUUAUCCUUUUCCGCCGCGAGGGCCUCGUCAGGAGCGCCAUUUGUCCCGCGACCCCAGUCAGCUCCACCUGGACUCGCCCCUGGCCCGAGGCCCGCGGCGCGGGUUCUCCAGCUCCGGUCCCUGCCUCUGUCCGGAGCGGGCCGACGGGGCGGCCGGUUUCGCGAGGACGAACCUAGCGGGUGCCGCGGCUCCACACGGGGCCUCCAUCGCCGCCAGCGAGCCAUGUUCCAGGCUGCAGGAGCCACCCAGGCCACCCCCUCCCACGAAGCCAAAGGUGGCAGUGGCAGCAGCGCGGUUCAGCGCUCCAAGUCCUUCAGCCUUCGCGCCCAGGUGAAGGAGACCUGCGCUGCCUGCCAGAAGACCGUGUACCCCAUGGAGCGGCUGGUGGCCGACAAGCUUAUUUUCCACAACUCUUGCUUCUGCUGCAAGCACUGCCACACCAAGCUGAGCCUGGGCAGCUACGCGGCGCUGCACGGGGAAUUUUACUGCAAACCCCACUUUCAGCAGCUGUUUAAGAGCAAAGGCAACUACGACGAAGGCUUCGGCCGGAAGCAGCACAAGGAGCUCUGGGCCCACAAGGAGGUGGACCCCGGCACCAAGACAGCCUGAGGCCCCUCUCACCGUCCACUCCCUCCUUCCUCCGUCGAGGGCCUGGAGCAGGCAGCGGGCAGGGUGGGAGAGAGGUUGGACCGGUCCCCGGCGGGGGCAGGGUGGGAAGGGGAUGAGGCCGUCUUGCUGGGUCAGAGGGUCUUGGGGGCAGGGCUCUGCUCCGGGAUUCCCUCCUUCUCCCUCAGUGGGUGGGGGGGUUAGGGAACCAGGACUGGGCUUUGCUCACCAGCCCGCUUCCUGCUGCUUCCAGCCUACCCCACCUCACCCCACGGCCCCCUGGGAAGGCUCCCCAACCCAGCUUCCCUAUCUAGGUGCCUUUUCUCCAGCAAGGAGUCAGCAUGCCCCCCUCAGGGUCCCAAGCUCCCUCACUGCCACCCAGGGCCCUGUGUGGCCCCCACAUCUCCCCAUCUACCUCUGCCCUUAGCCUGGUCCUGAGCCAUGGAGACUGCAGGAAGGUGAGCCAGGGUGCCCCCUGCUGGGUCUCUCCAAAUGCCCACCAGGACCCAGUGGGGGAGGGGAGGGAAAGUGGAAUAACCCCGCCCUCCCACCCCCCACCCCCUCCCCCUUACCCCCAAGGCGAGGCAGGGCGUGCCCAUUAGGGCUUGGGACCAUCCCACACCACGGAAGCAGCAGAAGCUAAAGCACCGGCCAGGCUGAGAGCCACAGAGACUGGUGGGGAGCUGGCAGGGUCACGUUCCCCUCUUCUUCCAUUUCUGCCGGUUUUGACUGUUGUAAUCAACCCUGUUUUAAACACGUUUCAACAGAUCCUGA